AUAAUGGCGAACAGAGCGACAGCUAGUGGCAGAUGGCGGGAUUGAUCUCGUGUGAUAUAACUGUGUUAAAUGGUUAGAUUAGUUUUAAAAUUGUAGUGUUUUUAUUAGAAUAGUUAUUAAAAUGACUAGAGCUAAAAUAGAACUUGGCGACGUGACACCGCAUAAUAUAAAGCAGUUGAAAAAGCUGAAUACAGUCGUGUUUCCAGUGUCUUACAACGACAAGUUCUACAAAGACGUUUUAGAAGCUGGUGAAUUAGCAAAACUAGCUUAUUACAAUGACAUUGUCGUUGGGGCAGUGUGCUGUAGGAUAGAUACGUCGGAGAACUCCCGGCGGUUGUAUAUAAUGACGCUGGGAUGCUUGUACCCAUACAGAAGACUGGGCAUAGGAACAUUGAUGGUAGAACAUGUGCUCAAGUAUGUUGAACAAGAUGGAAAUUUCGACAGCAUUUUCUUGCAUGUCCAAGUAAAUAAUGAAGGCGCAAUAGAUUUUUACAAGAAGUUUGGGUUUGAAAUUGUGGAGACGAAAGAACACUACUACAAGCGAAUAGAACCUGCAGACGCUCAUGUACUCCUCAAGACAAUCAGAAAGACAACCCCCGCUGCACCAUUACUCAAUGGGUCGAUUCCACAUGCGAAAACCAAUGGUCACGAUUGAGCUCCAUGGAACCCCAAAUAGUUACUCCUAAAAGCCUCAACUUGGUUGUUAUUGUGAAAAAGCAAGUGAUUAAAUAAUAAGUCUUAAGUCACUUUGUUAACAUACAGUUUUGAAUAAAAAUAAGACAUUAAUGAAUGAGUUUACAAUAAGUCAUGGUUUAGAGGCCAUAAAGUUAAAACUAAAAUGACUGAUCAUUUCAGGACUCUUUUCAUUCAUGUUGUACAGAAUACUUCCAUAGUUAAUGCUUGUCGACGAAAGGAGCUCACUGAAUGCGUAUUGCAUUUUGAAGUGUGUUUUGAAUAAUUUAGUAUCAUUUUGUACAGGAAAUGACAUCUGACUUUUGUCAUUCAUGAUAGCUUUGAAUUUGUAAAUGAACUCUCUUGGUAAUUUCAUUCUAAUGAUAUGUGUAAAAAUAUAUGAUAAUGCUUAGCUCUAGGCAUUCUUUUAACUAUAUCAUAAAUAUCAUUCUAAGUUAUCUGUCCAUUUUUUUACUGUCUUUAUAAUGUAAUAAAUAAUGUAGCAGAUUUGAAGAUCUUCUAAAUCCUCUUCUAGUAUACAUUUGUCGAUAUAAUAUUGAGCAGUUAUUAUAAGUAAUUAUCUCACAGUCGAUUGUAAAUGACCAUUGAUUUGUUUGUUCAAGUUACUAGGUGAGGAACUUGUUUUAAUUGUGCUGGCGUUAAUAAGCUUUGGUUUCGAAUUCAAUUUAUUUCAACCAGUUUGGCUUAUUCUGCACCAUAUCCACAAAUUGGUUCUCAAAGAAUUUUUUAUAAUUUUUGUUGUUUUGUUUAAAUUUUUUGUAUUAUUUAAUAUUUUAGCCUGAUUUCUAUACACAUAAAUUAUAAUAAUUGUAACUAAGUCAUUGUAUUAUAACAUGA